UGCGAUUUUUCCGUUCUGGCUGAAUUCCUGUGUCAUAGUUGCAAGUUCUUGGCUACACCGGAUUGUCUCUCCUGACAUUGUCGGCAGAAUUUUUUGUGUUUCAUUGUUAGAAGCUCAACUAGUUUGUAAUGGUUGGUUUAUCGAUUGGUGAUUCAUGUGGGAGUAUUGCCUGCCGCAAAGAUCUGCGAGCGCAGCAAUAUUGUCGGAGAUCGAAAUCUGGGAGAAAAGUUGUAGAGGUUUUUAGUAGAUUGGAUUCCAGCUGGGUUUUGACUAAAUUCGCAGAAGCAACAUGAGGGGUGAAGUAUAACCUAUUGGAUGUCGAGAGUUGGGUCUUGUGCGAAAUCUGGGUCUUUCCAGAUGCUGCUUCUUGCCGCGCUCUAAGUAAGGAAUGGGUGAGGCAAGGGGCGUGACGAUGGAGGGGAUCAAAGAGGAAGCUCGGGUGGCAGAGGGAUGCCGUCAGUUUGAGGAUCCGCGACACGAUUGCAAGAAUUGUCCGCAGCGUGUUAGAUGGAAGAAAGUGGUGUACGGUGGCAUGCAAUGCGGUUACGCGGACAACUACAAGGAUUCGUCAUUUCUGGAAGCUAUGGUUAUGAAUGCUAAUGUCGUCAAGCGCGACACUGCUACAGUGAUGGUCGAUUCUGUGGGCAUCGCUUCCCAUGUAAGUGUGGUUGCGCUUGUGGCGACUGUGUGGACGCAUGCCCUGAAUGGUGCGCUACCCGCAUCCGUGCUCCUUCUGCUGGACGCCCUUGUGCUACUAAUGGGUUUCCUGGCGUUGUUGCUGACCAUUAAAUGCGUGUUUUCACUUCCCUUCGUGGUGCAAAUUGCAAGGAACUUCACCCUGUUUGUUAGCGCCAUCUACGUCUUGGCGCCAGUUUUCCAAACCUUAACCCGAUCAAUCAGUUCCGACUCCAUCUGGGCGUUGACAGUGAGCUUGCUCGUCGUUCACCUCUUCUGUCACGACUACACAUCCUCGACAUCACCCUCCACUGUUGCGGCCUCUCUCUCCAAGGACGCGCCGAGCAAGAAGACUUCCAAGGCGCAGGAAACCACACUCUUGGCGAAUGUGUCCAUGAACGCAUCCAUUGUGGCUUCGGUGCUGAUAGCGUCUCGCCUGCCGACUCAUCUGUAUGUGUUUGCGCUCAUGCUCUUCUCUCUUGAGUUCUUUCUCCUAUUCCCUUUGGUCACCCACUGCAUCAGGCAGCGCUCUGUAAAUCUCCAUUUAGGGUUUUCUUGCACUUUAAUCUUCUUCACACUGGGCCUUAUAUUCCCCCUCAGCCGUCUCGCUUUUGUCUUAUUUAUUACCGUCAUAGUGUUCAUCACAUUAGUCUGUCCGUACUGGUUAAUACGAAUACAAGAAUACAAGUUUGAGAUCAAUGGGCCCUGGGACGAGGCCAAACUUUGCUUUGAUCUGGAUUGACAUACUUCCAUGUUCUCUUCAUGGCUAUGUGAUUGCUCAUACACUUGGUACGCUUUUCACUCAUAUAUUUCUUACGAAUUCUUACACCCAAGCAUUCCGAGCUUCGUAAGUGUAAUUUCGGAUGCAUUUUAUUCAAUGCAAAGCCACUUUGCAACUGUGUUUUUCAUGCCGUUGCAGCUUACAAGCCAUUGCACCAGUACUUUUUCUAUUCUGUUCAAUCCCAUCAGGAUUUGAGUUUUAUUUGAGUGAAGAACCAAAGAUUCACACUGUUGGGCUGCAUUUCCAAAUUCCAAGCUAGUAUGCCCCUUGCAAACCAGUACAGAACUCCCAAGCAAGCAAGCUUGAAAGAGUGGUAGAUAAUCUGGAUGCAAGGGUUUUACAACGACAUUCACAUGGUUACAGACACACACACAUGAGGGAGACAUCGUUAUCACAAGCGCCCUUUGCACCACUGAACAACUACAGUUCUGGUUGAAGAAAUCGGUUCACAUGAAGUGCAUUUGUACCCUCUUCUGCUGUGAUUUUUCCUGUCCACAUUAGCUUCUUUUUUUUCAGUAUUUUCGUAGCUUCCAAUAUUGAUCCCAAAACAGAAAGUGGAAUGAGACCUCUCUCUCUCGCUCUCUCUCUCGCAGAUUGAUCUACUUGCCCGAAGGCUGAGCUGGACGACGACCCCUCCACAUCGGAUAUAUUUAGUGGCCGGCUGGAUGACCUGGAAGAAUACCGACUGCCAUCUCGGAUUGGAACGACGACGUGGCGAGGGAAUAGGCAGCAGGCACAGUAAAGGGGGGAUGUGGGUUACUAAUUUCAUUUGAUAUAACAGUAGUUCCAUAAACUUCUGUUGAAUUUUCUAUACAUACAUUGGGUAGAGUUAAUUGGGUGGAUUUAAUUGGGUAGAGUUGAACUAGCUAAAUAAACAAGUUGUAUAUAAAAUUGCUUGGUUUAUGAAUAUUGACUCAAGUUAGUCAAUAUAAAACUGGUUGUUUUCAACCUGAAGAAUCAUAA